AUGACUAUUGUAGAUGAAGAGGUGGUGGCUCAAGAUGAUUGUGGGAACAACAUUAAGCAGAGUGAUGGGAAUGAAGCUGGUGAUAAAAAGGGCAAAAAGUUUAUGGAGAUAGAAGAGGUGAUUAUGGACAAAGCAGACUUGAUGGAGGUAGGACAGAUAUCUGGGGGUAGGUAUGAUCUGAGGAAGAGAACUGGGGCCAUGUGGAGGAGGACAGAACCAAGUCUGAGUCGGCUAAGAAGUGCACCUAAAGUAUCUGGGGAUCCGCUUAGGGCUGUAUCUCUUAAAAGAAGCAGAGUGUUGGUGAUAUAUGAAGGAGGCCAUAAAGCUGAUGAUGCAGGAAAGCUGGGAUUUAUGGAUAGAUGGCACUUGGAAAAACCUGUUGGCACUAGAGGUGGGUUACUAUUACUAUGGGAUAAUUCUACUGAGGUGAGACAAAUUCUGGGGAAUGAGUUUUGCAUUCAAGUGGAAAUAAAAGGUGAAUGGGAGUUGGAAAGGAGACACAAAAGAUUCCAAUUUAGUAGUCAGUGGCCAAAUAUAGAGGGUGUGCAAGAUGCAGUAAAAGAUGGCUGGCAAGUGGAGGUAGAAGGCUCUGCAAUGUAUCAGGUGCAUCAGAUGGUGAAGCAUACUAGAAUGUCUCUUCUUGCUUGGCACAAGCCAGUCCACAGAAACAGUGAAAAGGUAAAUUUAGUGAUUAGGAAUGGGCAAAGUACUAGAUUGAAUGAGGUGAACUGGGUGCCAGGUCUGAGUGGUAAGAAGCCUGAAUUGAGAACUGAGGUGGAUGGAAGAUUGUUUUGGGUUAAAGAUCUAAUGCUGGCAGCCACGCGGAUCGCUUGGCAAUUUCGCAUCAUACGCGUUGCCGGGUCACGUGGCCGCCCGAGGUCCAUCGCGCUGGGUCUUGAGCAUCGCCUGGGGGCUGAGCCCGCGCGAAACACAUUGUCGAUGCCUUGUAAGUCACCCGGUGUCUACAAGACCAGUUCACGUCGAAAGUUCAUGCGCUGCUGCCGAAGCAGCAUGCAGACGUACCCUGGGACAAGAAGGCAUCGCUUGCGCUCAUACCGGGCUUGCCGAGCUCACCCAUGCAUGCAGCAGCCCACUGUCUUCGAGGCAAUCGACUCGUCUCCCAGCAUCGCACGCACCUGUCGCGACCAGUGCUCGGCCUUGCACGACCGAGCCACUGGGACAAUAGGAUGUCCACGGCCUCACGCGGCCUUGCUCGGUUGCAUCUGUGCGGGUCUGUGA